AUGUGCUGGCCGAGAAAAUCAAGAUGGCCAAGCGCAAGAUUGUCGACGAUCGACGAUCUGGACUUUGCGUACGAGCCUGAAGAGUUUGACGAGAACGAACUGGUGGCCGCCAAGUACGAGGGCGCCUGUGUGCUGGAGCCUGUGCCGGGCCUUUAUUACAACGUGCUGCAGUACGACUUUGACUCGUUAUACCCCAGUGUACUCAUGGCCUACAACAUCUGCUACAGCACGUACCUGAGCACCGAGCCGCCUCCAAACAUGGUCCCGCAGAUGUACCACACUGUCAAGUGGACGUCCAAGGGCGGCGAUGAGAACAUCCACCACUUCCUCAAGGAGCCGGAGGGCAUUGUCCCCAAGCUGCUGCGCGACCUGCUGGGCGUUCGCAAAGCCGUGAAGAAGAUCCUCAAGUCGACUGAGCUGUACACGGUGCAAUACAACGUGCUCGACAAGCGGCAGCAGGCGCUCAAAGUGUGCGCCAACUCGAUCUACGGGGUGCUUGGAGUCCAGAAGCACGGCAUGCUGCCGCUCAACGAGGGGGCCAGCAGCUGCACGGCGCUUGGCCGAAUGUCCCUGGGUAUUGCCGUGGCCAAGUUUGAGGAGCUGGGGGCCACGGUCGUGUACGGUGACACGGACUCGUGCUAUGUGACGUUCAACGGUAUUGCGGCCGAUAACUUUCCGGCGCUCUGGGCUCCCGCAACGGCCACUGAGAAGGCACUGGAGGCGUGCUUCCCAUAA